AAAUGUAACUUCUCAUUCUACGGUUUAUCUCACAACAUAUCGCCGGUUACUUGCGAUAACACGGGAAAAAUAGUUUUAAAGUGGUUUUGUGGAGUAUUUCGAUUCUUUUUAAUGAAUGUAAAAUUGGUAUUGGUGUAAACAUGCGUUUCUAAAAUAUUUUAAUCGUGGAAAUGAUCAAAGGAGUAACAGACAGAUAGACUGAUCAGUUGAUGGCAGCGGAGACUGGCAUCUGGAUAGAAUUGCCGACAACCGUAAGCCUUUCAACACACCGAGUGACGUCGAACCCACAUCGGUGAGGGGCAGGUGAUUCUAAGUCAACGACCUUGACCACUUGGCUACGGAAGCCCCUUUGUACAAACAUGGUCAGAUAAGUAUAUUGUUUUUAAAGGACAGAUAAUCAUAUUGUAAUUUAAAGGAAUGUAGAAGAAACUAGGUCACUGCAACUACGUUUAGUAUUGUCAUGAUCAUGUAAACUAAUUAAGGCAUAAAACAUUAUAGUUAAAAUAUUGUCCAACUUAGGUCGUUCGCGAGGUUUCUUCUUCAUCGUGUGAUCUGUUAAGGACACGUGCUGAAUUGAUCGUCUUGUUUCUACUACUGUUACAAGUAGAUCUUAUGGUAUACUCGGAAGGCACGGUCUCCUGUUUAGUAUAGCAUUAACCCGAAGCUUAUAUAUCGUUACUAUAAUUUACUGUUUUUCGUUGUUGUUUUUUGUUUGUUUGAUUUUUGGUGUUUUUUGUUUGUUUGUUUUUUUUGUUGUUGUUGUUUUUUUUGUAGCUGUAUAUCAAUGUAUACUCUAUAUUUCCUACCUGAAGUUAAGGUUUUUUCCCCACUCAGAUGGCUAUCGCAGGCGCAUAAACAGAAAUCUGAAAUUUUCCAGGCAUUUAGACAGGCGAAAUUUAUAACACAAAAACAUAUCUUAGAUAAACAUUUUAUAACUUGUUAUGCCUGCUUUGAUAGAGUAAUAUGUUUUUUACAAGUGAUAUUUUCCCUAAGUAACAAAACGGAGAAGGAAGGGGAAUAUAAUUAUGAGACUCGGCAUGCGCAGUGCAUUUCUGUUGCUUAUGCGCACUGUUCUUAAAAGGCUUGGAACGUGCUUUUGGCAUGUGUGAUGCUCACCAUUACAAAACAAUAUCUUUGAACGUUGAAAAUUCCGAUUGCUGGACAUGGUGCCAUACCUCUGACACAAGAGGGGUACAAACCCACGACAGCGAUCUUGUUCACCAGACCACAAGUGCCAGAUGUCAAUGUUGGCAUAUAGAGGAUAUUGUAAAUCAGCAGGAUAAUUAUAUAUGAAAUAUUUACAGAGAUAUAUGUAUAGAGAUGCCAUGAAAACCAAGGUCCAGACGUUCAAAUUAAGGUCGAGUUACGUGUUGUAAUCUGUCCUACAGAACCGAAUCAAAGGGUAUUCGAUUAUUUGCCCUAUAAUGAGCGCAUUGCAUUAAUCAAUGCUCGGAAACGCUUCAACAACUUAAAGAUCUGUAUUGUUUUACAUUAGACGCUAAUGAUAAUGUUAGUUUUGAGUCAAUUAAUCCUCUUGACCUUUUAUCGCCGUUUCUACACCUGGUUUAUGUAGGGUCUCUUAAAUCCGAUACGGUGCCGAAAUUUUAUGACCCUUGUCCAAUUUAAAUUGAUUGAAGUCAUGCAUUUUAAUGAAUUGUGUUUAUGUAAUGUGAAGUAGGUAAAAUUAUGUUAGAAAAUAUAAUAUUUAUGUACCAUAUAUGUUUUAAAAAUUGUUUUAUUUAUCACCCGCUAACAAGAUCUGUAAUACACAGGUCUUACACUCUAUUCAGUGUUGAAAUGGCAGAUGAAAUAUGAUUAUGUAUUUAAAAAACAACUUAAUACAAUAUAAAUCAAAAUAACAUAUAUCAGGAUUAUUAUUUUAGCGAAAUUGAGGGGGGGAAAUUACAUCAGUUAUCCCUAUGAUUUACGGAAGCUUAAUUAAGUAUGAAAUGUACAAGAAAUACUGGCGUCAAUAUGGCGGGAAAACAGGUUACCUUUCAUGCUGAUAGUAUGGCAUGGUUUUUGCUUUUCUCACUAUUUUAUAUUCGUGGCAUCUGAAAAACAACUGUGCACUUAUUUUGCAAACAUGAAAACAUACACCCAGAAUAAAUUAAACGAUUAUUCAAUGGAUAAAAACACAAGCCUAUUUACGAAUACUGAAACUCAAUCUUGGCGUCGAAAAUAAAUUUAUAAUUAAAUUUGUUAUCGUGUGUCAUUUAAUUUAAGAAAAGGGUGUACAUUGAAUAGAAUUAGGAUAAAAAGAAUGCAAAUCUUUGAAAGUAAUGACAUGUUUAAGGCAGAUCAUUGUGUAAUCGAAUCACAUUUCAUUAUUUUAAUUUGAAUAGAUAGGGUGCGCAGGGUUUGGGCGCGUCCGGAAGUACAGCCCGAUAGCAUCUUUAUCGAGUAUCAUUUCAUAGUUGGAUGAAGAUCUCUUUGAAUUAAUAAAUGGCAGCCUCCCGCUAAUAGAUGGCAGCCACAAGAUGUACCGCCUCGCCAAGGGAUCUUUUCUUCUUCAUAAUGUGUGUCGCCUCCAUAUCAGUGCUGUUUAACUUCCAAAUUAGUUAUUAUGGGUCGCGGACCUUUGUCGACCAGCGGCAAUCGCUUGACGAAGUGUUUGGAGGUCAAAACGUUCAGGAACAUAGUGGUAUGUACGACGUGAAAAUCCUUGGACGCUCUUUAAACCAGCACGAGGCAGAAACGUUGAGAAAAGGGUCAACUGAAAGACUUGAAUUACUUACAAAACUGAAGCAGAUUGAGAACAGAUUGCUGAAAGCCAAACAACGCGUUAUUGCUGUUGAUGGUGAUGAAACACAACCUGCCGAAAAUAUGCAUGCCAACAGACUGAAACAACUUGAUAUAGACCUAGUUAAGAAAAAUGAUGAGGUUCUUUUAUGGAUCAACAAAGAUACCGUUAUACAAGGAAAUUGGUCCGUCCUGUUUUGUUUCAAUGAGAACAGCUGUCCUAAGAUGCAGACGGACAUCUCGCAAAAGGUUGAUAGAAUACCAGAAAUAGUCAACAUAAUAAAAACUCCAGAAGUUUUGUGUUCUAUAAGUAAAAUGGCAGAAAGAAAUAGCGAUGGAAAACUGACAGAACCAUGCGGACCAUUUAACUGUGACUAUCAGCUUAACGAGAGCACACUUCUUGUAACUGGAAACACAGCGCACUAUAAUAUUACAAGUCAGGAAUUCUGUACCAGGCAGAUCAGCUCUCCUCGUGCUUUCGUCUGGUAUCUUCCGGAUAAACCCAUUACGUUUCCAGGUGGACCAGUAUUAAGGAUACACACUGUCAUUACUUCAGUUUCCCCACUGAGGGUCUAUGUACACCCCGAAAUGCUAAGUGGUCCAUUACUUUCAUUGGAAUAUUAUUCACUGCUUAGAAAGAUUAGCCUAGAGGACCUGCUGCAGUAUAUAUCCGAGGUAUAUGGUCUAGGUGUAUCAUCGCAUUGGUGGAUGGAGGUCCAAAGAAGAUUUCUUCUUUAUAUGGUUUAUCUUGAAAAGGAAAUACAGAAAUCUGAAACCAACGGUUAUAAAAUGUGUAACCGGUGUUUCCAGCCUCUGGAAAUAGACAUGGUUUGCUCCUCCGUACAACGUUGUCAGAUUAUUCAGAUAAGAACGGAUCAAAGUCUGAGUUUUACAGUUAUUUCAAGCACGAAGAAAUUAGUGGCUUCGAGCAUGUUUGUUUCAGAAGAAGCAGAGCGCGUAUUGGCACGCCAACAUGUCGAUAUAUGCAAUAGCAUAAAUGCCGAUGAACAUGGUGUCGAUUGUAUUUCUGAAAAUUAUGUCGUGUAUGUUUUGGACUGGCGACGAGAGAUGAAAAGUACCUCUGACAUGAUACCGGUGUAUCCCUCGGAAUUCGGAUGCAAGCUAUUAUCGAAGAUGGAGAAUACAAGCAGUGAACAAAGUGACACAGUAAAUUUCAAUACAGUCACAAGAAGUAUAGGGGAAGAUUUUCAAUGGUCAGACCAGUCUUCCGUUGAAUCACAGUAUGUUCUAGACGGGGUUGGUGAGGACUAUACUGAUAUGAGAUUAACCAAACAAGGAAGAUCUACCGAAGGAACAACAGGUCCUUGUAGUAAUGAUCCAGAUGACUUCGGCAAAAUAAAUGGGAUCUUUACAUACCCAGAAACUGUACUUGAAGAGAUUUCACCCCACAGUUACAAUACUUCUGUUGGCUAUGACACAAUACUUGUACGAGUCAUGGCUGUCUCCAAGAGCUGCAAAUGUCAAGUGAAACUAGAAAAUAAAUAUAAUGACCCAGGUGCCCGAAAUAUUACUUUAGGGCUAGGGAAUAACAAGAUCAUGCUCUAUGUAGUGGACACCACCAGUCAAGACAUGGGUAUUGUUAACACUAUAACAAUAAGUAUAUACAGACAUAACAGAGGAUUGAACUGGCAAGAGUUUGAUGAACAACGGAUGAAAAUGUGCGGCUUGAAGCAGGAUUGUUCACUUAAAUUCAACAAUAAUGCUGACUGUGGUCUCAUUGAUUUGAAAAGCAGUUGGACGAACGAGAACAGACGUACAAGAGGAAAGACAAGAUGUCAAUCUGGUGACAAUGAAGGACAAUGGGUCGUCCCAUGCAGAAGUUGUUCCAGCGAAAACUAUUGUUUAUGGGGGAAAGCGAAGUGGCGGCCGUACGACUGCCAGUAUGAACAAUUUUCACCGUCUUCACUGAAACACUGUCUACAAGGAAAGAAGUUACUUUUUAUUGGCGACUCGACCAACAGAGGAGUGUCAAAUUACAUUAUUGAACAGAUAAAUGGCUCCCUUUAUGACUGGGAUAAAACCCACAGUACGAGAGUUUACACUAACAUAAAUAACAACAAAACACAAUUCACAUUUGCAUACUACCCACAUUUCUGGCUACCUGCUGACCAUCGACCCAGAUUCAGUAAGGUCAUAUAUCAGCUUAUUAAAAGUUCAUUACCAUUGCAAAACAACUCUAACACAGUCCUGGUGGUUGGUGGUGUCCAUUGGCUUGCCAAGCAGCACAUCGAUCUCAUUAUUGAAGCCUUACAGCGGAAAGGUUUAUCUGGUAUCACAAAAGUUGUGAAAGGUUUGGGAGCAGGCUUCCACCAGCCGGUUGAAAGUGUUCGAUUUGUGCCUAAGUCUGAGCAUGUCCACCUUCUCCAAAGAGAAAGUGAUAUUUUAAACUAUGCAAAGACGAACGGCUUUCAUGCUGUUGCGACAUUCAACAUGACCAUUUCUAGAUAUAAAGACUUCCUGGAGGGAAAUUGUGCUUGCCAUUUUCACAAGGUAACCAAGCAUGGUUCACAGAAUGAAGGAUUUCGUUACACAGUUGAAGGAGAUAUAAAUGCUGUUUAUUCUCAGAUCUUAUUGAAUCAAAUUUGUCAAGGUGGUUAGACAUCAUUGAGUUUUUAGUACAGUUGUCUCUCCUUAGACAUACUUUGCCGCUGUCAGCAUUAACGAAGAUGAUCUCGUAUUUAUAGCACAUGCAUGGUUAUUUCUUAACACUAGUUUGUGGUUAACAAAUGGCAAGUUGCAGCUGAACUCACUUUUAUAACCUUAGAGCACGGUUACAAGGGUCACACAACAGCUAAGCUUUUUUAAUGACAUACUUGGAACUGUCAUGCAGUCAUUUAUGCCACAAUAACAGAAUGAAAAUAGUUUGUUGGUUAAGCCAUUUCGAUAGUAGCUUGCUUGAUUACCGUAACUAAAACAACCAAUAGCAAACACUUUUUUCACAAACUACUGAUAAGCUACUGUUUCCACUGUGUUAAAGUUCAAGCCUUUUUCUUGCUAGUGUUUCAUCUUGAAUUGGUAAGGAUAUAUGAGAUAGUCAUGAGUAUUAUGUUGAACACUUGCACGACUAACGGCAGUAAAUUCGAGAUUGAGAAAACCUGAAGGAGAGAAUAACUUUCUUCAAACUUAUUAAAUAUUCAUUGAAAAUGAGCGACUUCUGUAAAUGUUUGCAUGCGUACAUAUAAAGCUUUCAAACAUGCGUUUGAUCAUAAAUGACAUCAUAUGAACGUCAUACGAGAUAGUUUUGUUAUAUUUUUAUAUAUAUUUAUUGUUGUUAAGUUUGUUAAAACGUUCAAAAAUAAAAUAAAUCUUUUUAUAA